UGAAAGUCGGGCAGCAAUCGGGAUAUUACACCGGACUCCCCCGGUACCGCACCCCGUUGGUAGGGGGGUUUAUUCGUGCAUUGCGGAUGGCAGUGUGGCCCUGAGAGGGGGGUGGGACUGCUGGAAGCCCCCGCCUGACUGAAGCCCUUCUGGCUGUGGCACAUGGUUAUGAGCUUUCGGGUGUCGGAGCUGCAGGUUCUGUUGGGAUUCGCUGGCUGGAAUAAGAGCGGCCGGAAGCACGAGCUCCUCACCAGGGCUCUCCACUUGGUCCGACCCGGCUGCAGCCCGGCCAUCCAGAUGAAGAUCAAAGAGUUGUACCGGAGGAGGUUCCCACGCAAGGUCAUCAGCUCCACGGACUUAACCAUGUUGCACAUGCAGGGGGGGGCUCUGCCCUCUGCCAACUCUCUGGCCCAGGGAGCGGUGUGCCACAUGGGCUACGACACCAGCGCUUCCUCCCCCACCGUGUCCUCCUCCAUGCUCCCCCCUGUACCCAUGCUGGGCCCUAAGCAUGAGACUGACCUGUCCCACCUCACCCCCCCCAUUCAUCCCGUGCACCCCGACGUCAAGAUGAAGAGGCUGCCCUUCUAUGAUGUGUACGACGAGCUGAUAAAGCCCACCACUUUGGCUUCCACAAACUCCCAGAGAUUUGAAGAGGCGCACUUUAACUUCGCAUUAACCCCCCAGCAGGUCCACCAAAUCCUCUCCUCUAGGGAUAUAUUGCCUGGAGCAAAGUGUGAUUAUACAGUCCAAGUGCAGCUAAGGUUCUGCUUGUGUGAGACCAGCUGCCCCCAGGAAGACUAUUUCCCCCCCAACCUGUUUGUAAAAGUGAAUCAAAAACUGUGCCCCCUGCCUGGGUAUUUACCCCCCACAAAGAAUGGUGCCGAGCCCAAACGACCGAACAGACCAAUCAACAUUACGCCGCUCAUCCGACUGACAUCAACGGUGCCCAACACUAUUGUGGUGAACUGGUCGUCCGAGUUUGGCAGGAAUUACUCUCUCUCCGUGUACCUGGUUAAACAGCUCACAUCCGUCACCUUAUUGCAAAAACUCCGAGCAAAGGGCAUCCGUAACCCAGACCAUUCCAGAGCCUUGAUAAAGGAAAAGCUGACGGCAGAUCCCGACAGUGAGAUCGCCACCACGAGCCUGCGCGUUUCCCUCAUGUGCCCGCUGGGAAAGAUGCGCCUGACGGUGCCCUGCAGAGCCAUCACCUGCACCCACUUGCAGUGCUUCGACGCGGCGCUCUACCUGCAGAUGAACGAGAAGAAGCCGACGUGGACGUGCCCCGUGUGCGACAAGAAGGCGCCGUACGACAUGUUGAUCAUUGAUGGCCUCUUCAUGGAUAUCCUCAACUCCUGCACAGACUGCGACGAAAUCCAGUUCAUGGAAGACGGAUCCUGGUGCCCGAUGAGACCAAAGAAAGAGAAGCAGGACAUUUGCCAGCCGAGCCCAUACGGAGGCAUCGAGGCCAGUGGCAUCUAUAGCAUGACCCCCGAACUCAAGCACAGCGCAGAGGCCAAGAAGAAGGUGGAGGUGAUCGACCUGACUCUGGACAGCUCCUCGGACGAAGAGGAGCCACCGAGCAAGAAGCAGUGCCCCGUUACGUCCGCGGCUAUCCCAUCGGCCACGGGACCCAAGGGGGUCAUCAGCGUUGACCACCAGCCAUCGUCCGUAUUACGGAGCCCACCCAUGGCCACCAUAGGCAGCGACUACCUGUCCAGCCUGCCCCUCCCGGAUUAUCACCGGUCCUACCCUGUCCCACCCGAUAUCCAAGGGCUGGAUCUGUUCUCCUUCCUCCAGGCCGACAGUACGCAUUACAGCCCUUCCGUCAUCACUUCCCUGGACGAACAGGACGCCCUGAGCCACUUCUUCCAGUACCGGGCACCCCCGGGCCAUUACAUGAGCCCACUCACCCAGACCAUAACGGGGAGCCACGCCACGCCCAGCGGCGCCAGUCGGAUCAGUAGCAUCGUGUCCACCAGUUCGCUGAGGGAGAGCCACAGUCACAACACGUCGCAGAGCGCCUCCUCGGCGCUACCGGGCUGCCGGCCGGACAUCAUAUCCUUGGACUGAUUGGGGGAGACCGGGCACGGGGCAGGCAAAAGCAGAAGAGCAACAUUACAGCCGCUGAGCCUGGCACAGCUGGGGGGCCCCCUGCACUUGUGAACUCCACUAGGAAUCCUGGUGCGCUCUCUGCCUCUGGGCUUCCCAGCUCUGCAAGUACUACCCCUUUCCAGCACUGUGGCCCUUGAAUCCAUUUUAUUGCUCCUAUCGAUUUGGCAUUUUAUUCCCAAGCAUUAUAUAGAAGGGGCCCUGCGGCACUCAGCUAUAUCCUACAGGGACACUCGGACGCACUAAUAUAGCGCCAGAGUUGCCCAGGGAACCCCUACGUAGCAACAGUUGUAGUAUUAAAUCCCACCCCCUUCGUCCAUAUCCCACUAGAGAGGCGCUUUUUUUUUUUUUUUUUUAUACUGGAGGAAACUUCUUUUUUUUUUUUUUAUAAAAAAAAAAACUUUAUUGAAAAGCAGAAAAUGUUGCAAAAUAUGGGACAAUGUUUCCUGACUCGCGGGAAGACGAUAUUUCCAGUCGUAUUUUUUGUAAAGGGGAAGAAUUGUUUUUCCAGCAGUAAAUGCCAUCAGGAUUAUUUUUUACCUUUUUUUUUUUUUUUAAACGAGGAUUUUAUUUGCUCCAGAUAAUGCAAUAUCAUCAAUGUCAGCGUCUGUGUCUGGUAUAUAAUGUAUAUAUAUAUAUAGGCCACGCCCACGACUAGUAGCUGGUGUGUGCAGGAAAAACUCCCAGCAUCCUCAGAGGUCCAGAUAAUGCCGUCGCCCAACAAACAAUAUGGCAGUUUCCAAUGGCAAGUUUGGAUAUUAUAUAAUAUACAUAAUAUCAGUCAAGCUCUCUUGCCCAGGCACUCUGGUCAGCAGUGCUGUAAAUGAGCCUUGCAGAUGUAGGCUGAUAAAGGCAGCAGCACAGUCUUACUUUACGGCAGGGAUCCUGCAUAUACACACAGGUCUAUCUUGAACCCCUGCCACAAAGCAAGACUGCUGAUGCCUUCAGCCAGAAAGGAAACCGAGGCUACAGGUCACAUGACUAACAGGAAUUAAGCUGGAUUUAACAGCCGUCCCCCCCCCCCCCAAAGUCCAUUGUGGUGGAAAAUAAUGCUGAGAUUUUACAAUUACGAAAUUAUUUACAAACUAAAUUUUUUACCCCUUUAUUCAGUCGGCUCAUCUGCCUGCUUAUGUAUAGAAAUGGGAGCUGCCAUAUUGUUUGCAGAAGUAUUCUGAGCAGAAUGCAGAACAGCGCCACCUAGAGGGCAUCAUUUUGUUAAGGAGCUCUGCCUCUGCUGAUCCCUUAUGUUGUGCUCGCAAUAAACCAUAAACCCAUACAGACUACAUGAGAGCAAACGGCUACUAGGGGUGUAGUUUCCCUUGUAUCCAACAGUUUGUUAUGUUCUUUAGUCCCCUGAACGCCAUAGUAACAACCAUUAUACACCCCAGAUUUAUAGCACAGGAACCCCACUGUCUGUAAUAACAGCAACACAGCAGCCAUAUACCUCUAAAUUAUAUAGUCAGUGGGCUGAAACUUGGGCCCAUUUGCCCCUUUAGGAAUCUCCCCCCAGUACUUACGCAGAUACCCAGUUUUGAUUCUCUGUACUUCCUGCUUCUGGGCUGCUCUCUUUCCCAUGGUCAGACAAAAACUUCUCCUUUUGUAAGUGAAUCCAGUCUUCCCUUAGUACGGACCAGGGCACAGAGCUCUGUAUUUAAGCUGUUCCUGGGCUGCUCUCUUUCCCAUGGUCAGGCAGGAAUCUCCCCCUGGGUAAGUGAAUCCAAUCUCCCCCAGGUACAGAGCUCUGAUUCUCUGUACUUCCUGCUCCUGGGCUGCUCUCUUUCCCAUGGUCAGGCAGGAACCUCCCCCUGGGUAAGUGAAUCCAAUCUCCCCCCAGUACUUACCCAGGUACAGAGUUCUGAUUCCCUGUACUUCCUGCUCCUGGGCUGCUCUCUUUCCCAUGGUCAGGCAGGAACCUCCCCCUGGGUAAGUGAAUCCAAUCUCCCCCCCCCAGUUCUUACCCAGGUACAGAGCUCUGAUUCUCUGUACUUCCUGCUCCUGGGCUGCUCUCUUUCCCAUGGUCAGGCAGGAACCUCCCCCUGGGUAAGUGAAUCCAAUCUCCCCCCCCCAGUUCUUACCCAGGUACAGAGCUCUGAUUCUCUGUACUUCCUGCUCCUGGGCUGCUCUCUUUCCCAUGGUCAGACAGGAACCUCCCCCUGGGUAAGUGGUGUCAGGUUCUCCACUCCUGACCAUGGGAAGGAGAGCAGCCCAGAUAGAAUCCAUGCUGAGAAUCAGAGCUCUGACAGGGCAUCCUUUGCUUGUGAUAGGGGAAAACCCCACCCAUGGACCUUCUCUAGCCCAGAUGUACUUCCCGAUUGGGGGUCUUCCCUUGUAAAUCCCACCAUAACGCUUACACAGAGAGACAUUAAUAGUCCAGAGCUGCCAUGUUGGUUACCAUCUGUUUUUUAAUAUUAACUCCAAAGAUCCCCCCGUAUAGUCUGACAAACAUAUGAAGGUCUCAUCCUUGGGCCCUGGAUAAGACCCCCGUACUCGGUUACAGGGGGGUCUCUCCGAGCGCCGUAGGACCAGCUUCCCCGGCUGCCGGGGACACUAGCUGCCAUUGCACAUAUUUAAUGUAUUUAAAGCGCCAGUGUAUUAUGUUUCCUAUUUGUAGCCAGAUAUUAGAGGGUUAACCCUGUAUCUUCCAGCCAGAAACCCACAGAUUAGGGAAAUGUGUUACUGCAAAUAAACAUUAUUUAUUCAGAA